AUGUUGUUUACAGCCGACAAAGCGACGCGCAAGAAACCACGAAACCAAAUGCAUCGUUACGAAACCGGUUCAGCAAGUCUCAUGGAAACUUGGCGUUUCCGUCUGAGUCUGCUGCGGCGCACAUCGUCCUAUGCUGUCGAGAAUCCCCAUUCCGGUGAUGUGCGCAACAUUGCCGGCCAAGAUCUUGCCCACCUUGCCCUGUUACUGCGCUCUUUGUGGCAUAUGAUUCGGUGGGAUGAGAUCCUCAGUGAGCCUGCUGAGUCAGAACAUGUGCUUGAUGAAGAUGGACAUCCGUGUCUGCGAGAGGUGACUGACUACGCAGAUUCAGGUACCGGUAAAUCCGGAGAGCCGGCCUAUUGCACCCGACGAAUUGUUGGCGUACAACCUUUGGAUCGAUAUUGGCUUCGUGUGAAUUAUCUCGUUCAACUAACACACACAAACCCUACGCGCGAUCGCCCCAAUCGCACGCGAAAAUCACGCAGUUCCGGUAGAAAUUCGACUGCCGGUCGCCAUCCCUGGUCCGGAAAUGGCUGCCGGAGACGCCGUUCGGCUCGCAAAUCUGCCAAACAUCGUGUUCGUCGCAGUGGAAAUGACCCGGACUACAAUCCGGGAGUGGUAGUGCAUAUUUGGAUACCUUCGGUUCCCAUAGAGUAUCUUCCUCCAUCUUCGGAUUAUCUGAACGGCUUCCUGGAGUCUGUUAACAGAAACGACCUUUAUAAUGAAGCUCUAAUUGAGGCUCGGCGAAGACCUGCUCGUUUUUCACAAGCUCCAACCGAAACUACUCAAGGUGCCGUUAACGAACAACAGGGUAAAACUCAACUAAUCAAACAAGACAUCCUCACAACUAAA